CAUUCAACAAAGCUUACAUCUUUCGUCCAAGAAACCUCUCAUCAAACAGAAGUACCAUUCAUUAUUUCCUUUUUACAUUCUCUGUCGCCCUCAACGAGCGUUGAAAUCAGCGAAUUGGGCUUAGACCAUCGUAGACUGCAUUGGUUGUCUUAGGGGAGCACCUCGAGGCCGUCAACACACCAGAUACACGCCUUCGCCUCAAGGCUCGAUUUAUUCACACCGCAGCACGACAGGAUUCAGCUUGUCUGUCUUCGGUUUCAACAUCAACGUUAAAAGGGCAACGACGAGCGACUCGGUUUCUUGCAAAAGUUUCGAUUUCGGCGCCACAAGUCUGGCUCAACGUUUACGAACACCACAAGAGUACCACAAAUACCGACCAGGCGUCGUUGAAGUGGAUACAAAUUCCAUCCCGAACAUCGACCCAGAAGUGAAAGAUCGUCAGUUAGAUCGUUUCCAUCACAUCAUAUCGUUCGCUGCCCCGUCAACCGCAAUAUAAUCCGACAUGUCGAAUACAGCUUCUCGAAGACACCUCGUUCGUGUAGACCAGGAUGGUCCCUGGUGUAUCAGCGUCGCGGAGAGCCCACACGACGCGAGGAGUUACAGUAUUUAUAUCAAGACUCCAACUCACAACUUAACUCUCACUCGUACCGCCAUGGAGCUCCUGGAUUUACACCAGAAACUUCAGGACACCAUCCCAAGCGCAAAGUUCCCUGCACCUCCUUUGGACGCCUCAGCUUUGGCGGGUGCACCACCGAAGCGAAAAUCAGCAUUUCUCAAUACCCUGUCGAGACUGGCGUCUCCGUCAGCGAGUAAGACCGGCCGUCGGUCGUCUCUUGCUCGAGGAAUCAGUAACGGCAAUACAGCUCCUUCCAUGCCACCCUCUGGACUGCCCACACCAGCACAGUCACCUUCCAUUGAAGCCAACGAUCCUUUCCAAUCAUUUGGGACAUCCAAUGCAUUACUGACGGCUGAAUUACCCCCUCCUACUGUUCAGAGUACGGCAAUAGCGUCAUAUCUGACGACUGUAUCGAAUAUGGUGGGUGUACGGCAGACAAGGGUAUGGAAGCGGUUUGUUCGAGUCAGAACGGAAGAUCUAGAAAGCGUACGCGUGGAGAGGGCCAUAAAGAGAGUUAGGUCUGAUCUUACUGGCUACACGGGCAUUGAGAGGAAAGAGAAGGAAAGGAAAGAGGACAAAAGAGACGAGAAGGAGAACAUGGUACCUUCAUCGACAGCUGUGCCUAUGGGAGGCGCAGAGGCGAAGGAUCACCUGCACACUGAGAACGAUCACAAGGAGGUUGGCAGCCGAAAUGAACAAUCUGCAAUGGACGUUCAGAUGGAAGAGACUCCGGUUCUCUCUAAACCAGACGCUGCGGUCACAGGGUCAACGACAACCUCCGAGUUAAAAGACGCUCCCAUCACCGAUACACCCGGUCCUGCCACUGUACCCAAAACAGAAACUUCAAUGUCGCUUCCAAGCGAGGAGGAGCCUCGCACCCCGUCAGCUGCGGUCUCCUCUCCAUCAACAUCUUUGGCAAGUUCCGAACCUGCUGGCCCAGUGCGUGCUGACGGUCAGCGCUCACAAUCAGCCGAUCCCGACAAGCGCAUAUCACGCGCAUUUCUUUCUUCUGCCACAUCGGACUCGAAUCGAGAGUCUGGGAUGUCGUCACGGUCACGGUCCCAAACUGAGACCGAGGAUGACUCCAGCACGCACAAGUCCCAGAAACGGUCACGGUGGAAGAAAGCCACUGGAUCCUCGGAUGCUCUCAAGGAGAAGAAAAAGUCUACGAGAAAAGUGGUCGUGACAGAUUUCGAGAUGUUGCGUGUACUUGGAAAGGGUUGUGCCGGCAAGGUUCUACUCGUCCGUCGCAAGACGUCGGACGAUCUGUACGCAAUGAAGGCGAUAACGAAGAGACACGUGCUGGCGCAUCAAGAACUACAGCAUACUUUGACGGAACAAGCAGUAUUGAAGCGGAUGGCAGCUGGAGUUGACGGGAAAGAAAGGGAUCCUUUCGUGGUUAAACUAUGGUGGAGUUUCCACGAUAAAGAGAACCUUUUCCUCGUGAUGGACUUCCAUCCUGGUGGCGAUCUUGCCACGCAACUCGCACGUUGGGGUCGCCUUGGCCGUGAUAGGGCAAGAUUCUACGCUGCUGAAAUAGUAGAGGGUGUUGAAGGUCUUCAUGCCGCUGGUGUCAUCUACCGAGAUCUCAAACCAGAAAACAUUCUCAUCGGUGCAGAUGGACAUAUUGUCCUCACCGAUUUCGGCCUGUCAAAGGAGUUUCCAAGACGGACAGGUGCAACCUCGGCACCGUCUACUCCUCCGAUUACGCGACAUGAUGGGACUACAGCGCCAUGGAUGAAAACAACCAAUUCCACUGAUGUUGAUCUGGCUAUAGCAAAUGGGGUUCCAAAGGAUAUGACAAGCACUUUCUGUGGCACGGCAGAAUAUCUCGCUCCUGAAGUGAUUCAAGGUCUUCCAUACAGCUAUGAAGUUGACUGGUGGAGUUUUGGAACCAUGUUGUUCGAAAUGUUGACUGGAAUUACACCGUUUUGGGCCAACAAUCACUCUGAUAUGUACGUGCGAGUGCUCCAGGAUGAGCUCCAGUUUCCGGAAGAUCGGGCUCUUGAUCAAGACACGAAGAGCUUGGUUAGAGGGCUUCUUCAGCGAAAUCCCGUCUUGAGAAUAUGCGAGCCGCGGAUAAAGAAACAUCCAUACUUCUCGAUGAUUGACUGGUCUCAUGUUUACUACAAACGCUACAUACCACCUUAUAUUCCUCCGAUUGAUCCCCAUAAUGCCAGUGACACACAAAAUUUCGACGAUACGUUCUUAGAUAUGGAACCUGUCCUUGACGAAUAUAUCGACGGACAAGGGACUGAUACUGAUCAGGACCCAGAGCAACAUACAGACACGGAUCGAACAGAUGGCGAGGAAUCUAAUACCACUCCUUCACAGUCUCGCAGUUCAUCGCUUCGCCCUCGAGCUCCUGAGCAGCCUACGCAGGAAGACGAUUCCGUUGAUGUUUUCGACGGGUAUUCAUUCAAGGGAAGACACUCUAUUCUGAUGGAUGAUGAGGAUGAGGAUGAUGGAAGUUCGGAAGAAGAGACGGAUGAAGGGGAGAUGGAGGCCUUGGAACCUCCUCAUACGAAUGGCGAUGUUUUCAACGGCCUCGAAAACCUUGCAGAAGUCGAACCAGAAUCGCCCAAAUCCGACAUUAUCGAGGAGACGGAGCCCAAGACUCCAGAAGCUCGUCCCGUUUUGUUACCUCCAGAAAAGGGAGUAGAAGAUAUACAUCAAUCUCCGCUCACUCCGCCUGCAGAAGCACCACAACAAGAGGAGAAACCGGAACAACCAGCAGUGGAAGCACCGCUCACAUCCAAAUCGGAGACUGCAGAAGGCACAGAGCAGACAACUGAGGCCAAAUCCAGAAAGAGCAAAGACCUCCCCACUCCAGUUACAAACCUCGAUGCUGUUCCACCUGUUACACCGGAGAAGGAGAUUAAAAGCAAACCCGUGCCACCUCCCAAAGGAAUUGCACUUACCAAGGCAAACCGUCCUACCCGCCCUCGAAAAGAAAGAUCGGGUGUUCCCGCAUUGGAUCGAUAUCUAUCGGAUGCUGGCGAGGGCCAAGAGAUCACAGAGCGCGACGACGACGAAGACGAAGACUGGGACUUCAUUGAAGCCGACGACGACGGUUAUGAGGAUCGUAACGGAGCCAAAGGCACGAGUCUAUUCGCUCGUGGUGUUGUGGAUCGAUACCGCUUGGCGGUCUUCAGUCGAAAAGCGUCCACACCCCAACGUACUCUUCCGAGAUCGCUUUCCGGAAUGUCAAAGGACUCUGAAAUGUCGCCAUCAGAGUGUGGUGAUUCGCCUAGUCCUUCAAUACGAAGAGGGCGGAAUGGCGGUCUCACCUUCAGAAAACACCCAAGGCAGUUCCUACGCGCCAGGUCCCCUCCUCCCUCGUCAUUCUCUGCCAAAUCUGCCAAGUCACUUUCAUAUUCCACCUCCGCCACCUUAUCUGCGACAUCAAGUUCCGGUCUGAUCCCGUCAUCCUCGACCGCAAGCACACUGCCUGUCUCCCCGUCAUUAAAAUCUAAACAAUCCGAGAUGUCUGUGGGUGCCAACAGUCACUCUUCGGGCAAUUCAGGUAACGGGGAUGCCAUCGAAGUGGUACCUGAUGACAGGGACAAGCAGAAGAACAAGAAGCUGAAGAAGUACAAAGAGAACGCGGAAAAAAUUCGGGGUUUGAGGGAUGCUCGGUGUAUGGCGAUCGAUAGCGAUCCUUUCCAGGAAGCGGCCGGGUGUGUCGAGAAGGCUCUGGAUUGGAUGAACAUGUGA